AUGGAAGGAAAACGUUUUUCUAGUCAACAUUUCGUGAGUCCUCUGGACACCCGUUACCUUGGAUCGUCUUCCGAUGUUGCAACGCACUUGUCUGAAUACGCAUUAUCACGGAACCGUGUCAUUGUUGAAGUGUCUUGGUUGCGAUUCAUGGUAUCUGCGGGUGUCACGGAGGUGUCUAGUCUGGAACCGUCUGCGGAAGCAUUCUUGUCUGAACUUUGCCGAUUCCCACCAGAGGAUAUGGAUUUGAUUAUUACCAUCGACGGUCGUGUCAACCAUGAUGUGAAGGCAACGGAAUAUUACAUUCGCGAUAAGCUGAAGACGAGUGGCAUACCACAAUUGGUAUCUCUAGAGCCCUGGGUGCACAUGUUUUGCACUAGCGAAGACAUUAACAGUCCAGCUUAUUCUAUAGGCAUUCGCGAUUGCAUGGAACAUGUUAUCAAACCAACGCUAUUACGCAUUAUAGAUUCAUUAGCUAAGCUUUCCGUUGAGAAUGCAAGCAAACCUAUGUUGUCACGUACACAUGGCCAGCCUGCUUCCCCAACGACGAUUGGCAAAGAGAUUGCAGUUUAUGUAAGCCGUCUAUCCCGUCAGUGCAAAAAGUAUUUGACUAAGAUCGAUUACAUGGCAAAAUUUGGAGGUGCUGUCGGUAACUUCAAUGCGCACAAGGUGGCGUUUCCGGAGAAGGAUUGGCCGUCACUUGCUAAAGAGUUCAUUGAAAACAAAUUGAAUUUGACCUACCAAGAAUAUUCCACCCAGAUUGAAUGCCACGACUUCAUUUCUGAGUUGUCCGAUAAUCUUGCUCGUGUAAACACUAUAUUGAAGGACCUGUGUGUUGACAUGUGGCUUUACAUUUCCCAUGAUCUCAUUAAACUGAAGAGUGUUCAGGGAGAAGUUGGCAGUAGUACCAUGCCACAUAAGAUAAACCCUAUAGACUGGGAGAAUGCUGAAGGCAACUUCGGUGUCGCUAAUGCUCUUUUCCAUUUCUUUAGCUCCAAGCUGCCGAAUAGUCGUAUGCAGCGUGACUUGUCAGAUUCUACCGUUUUGCGCAACCUCGGUGUUGCGUUUUCCCAUUCCUACUUGGGUUACCUGAGCAUAUUGAAGGCCCUGUCUAGGGUGUCGGUCAACGAAGAGAAGGCUCUAAAAGAGUUAGAUGAGAAUUGGGUGGUUUUGUCAGAGCCUUUGCAAAUACACUUGAGGCUGAGUGGCGUCUCCACUGGCUAUGAGGAGGUCCUUAGUUUGACUCGCACUGGAGGCUUGUCGUCAGAUGAAAUGAAGAAGAUAAUAUCCGACACCUGCAAUGACAAUUCCCAUAUCAAGGCUUUGACCCCUUGCACAUACACAGGUUACGCAGAAUCUCUCGCUUUGAAUGUGAAGAACUGCUCUCCAGGAGGCGAGAACCACGCGAAUUCGAAAUAG